CGGUUCCAGAUCGAGCGGGAGGUGAUCCUCAGCGGUUCCGACAAGGACUCCAAGAUUCCCAUCCUGCACGAGUACAAGAAGCGGCCCAAGUCGGCCACCGCCAUCGCCCCGGACGCCCCCUCCCGGUCCCUGGCCUGGACCGAGGAGAAGAAGGCCGGCGGCGGCAUGCAGCAUGACGUGGAGCUGCGGGGGCACGCCCUGGGCGGCGCGUCGCACCAGCAGGGCGCCGGACAGGGCCUCGGACACCAGCCCCACGGCCUCGGACACGGCUUCGGCAGCAUGGCGUCUUCGCACGACGCGCUCGACACGAUGGGUCACGUUGUGUACAAGGCUCAGCCGCUCCACGUGACGCAGGACUCCAACCAGCCCCUCGGCCAGCCCCGCCCCGUCUCGUACCAUCCCGGCUCCACCACCACCCACGAGUCCAUCUACGGCAGCACGCCCAGCGCCAUGCCCCGGACCUGGACGGUCAGCGACUCGCCGACGAGGUCCCGCCAGCAGAUCGAGCGGCAGCAGCAGCAGCGCCAGCAUCAACAGCAGCAGCAGCAGCAGCAGCAGCAGCAGCAGCAGCAGCAGCAGCAGCAGCAGCAGCAGCAGCAGCAGCAGGCCGCUAUGACACCGACCGCGCGCCAGCUCCAGCAGCAGGACAUGUACGCCAUCACGGCGGACCCCAGCGCCACGAGCACGCCGACCGGGCCCGAGUCCACGCCCAACGGUGUGGCCAACGGGGCGGCCAACGGCGUGGGUAACGGCGCCAAGGAAGCGUCGUCCGGCAAGGGGCUGUCCUCCAGGACGUACCACUCCAUCAAGGACCUCAUCUCGAGCCGCUUCGGCAGCAAGGGCAGCAAGGAGGCGGGCGACGUGGAGAGCGCGCUCAACAACCUGCCGUCCAACGGGACGACACCGCAGGCCGGACAGCAGCAGGGCCAGCAGGGCCAGCAGGGCCAGCAGGGCCAGCAGGGCCAGCAGGGACAGCAAGGACACCCGCAAACACCGCAGGCCGCGACGCGCUACAACGGCAUGGAGGACGCCGGCCAGACGACCCGGACGCCGACCACCCCAAGACAGAGGACAGGGCGGAAAGAGGACGACUACCAGCACCUCCCCGCGCACCUACUGAGCGCGCAGCGCGGCCCGGGCGGGCCAGCCUACCGCCUCGCCGAGGAGGAGAGCGCAUACGGCACGGCCGCCCGCUACGGGAAGACGGGCGUGCCUGCGGGCGUGCCGGUAGGCGUGCCCGCCAACUCACCCUACCAGCGCGUCCCCAUGCCCCACGCCAUGCACGCCGAGCCGAUCUACCAGCGCUACCCGCAGGACCUCAACCGGACGCCCACCAAACAGACCCCGAACCCGCAACACCAACAGCAGCAGCUGAGGCCGCAGCAGGGCUCCAGCAACGCGGCCGUGUCGAGUCCGCAGACGCUGCUCCGGGAGCACGGCGUGUACAUGGUAAUGCGCCAGCCCAUGUACGGCCAGACCAAGGCCCCGGGGCAGGGUCCCGGACCAGGCCCAGGACAGCCCGGCGAGGGUGGCGCGGAGAGCGUGUACGGCCAGACCAAGGCGCCGGCGCCCUCGCACCAGGCGGAGGAGACCCCCAAGAGCGUGACGUACGGCGGCGGCCUCUACCAGGUGGUGCACCAGGGUCAGAACGACGGCCAGCAGGGUCAGCAGGGCAAGCGCGAGCACUACCAGCCCGACGGCACGGUGGAGCGCGUCGACCCCAACGAGAUGUACGUCGACCAGGACCCCUACGGCAGGACGGCGCCGGCGCCCGCCCCGGCCCAGGCCGAGCAGCAGCAAACCGCGAGCACGCCCGCCGCCCCGCAGGUGCGCCGCGCCUCGCAGCGUGCCGACGAGGACGACGACGACGAGGGUGGCUUCGUGGCGGACAGGCAGCGCGGCGGCCGCGGGGACACGGCGUCCGCGGCGCCGACCGGCCCCGGCUCAGCUGGCAGCAACCCCAGCUCCAGCUCGGACUACGACAAGGCGGGCACGGGGCCGCUGUCCAGGCAGUCGCAGUCUGACUCCGGCCGGGGCAGCACCGUGUACUCGAGCGGCACGCGCAGCAAGGCAAGCGCCAUCUCGGGAGCCUUGGGGCAGCAGUGCCUGGACACGAGCUCCGAGCUGCCCACCACACCUCACGGACAGACGCCUGGUGGCCACUCGUGCGAGUGGGUUGACAUGGUGGAGUCGGAGCUGCGCCAGAUCCUGGACAACUCGCUCGGAAACACGACGGGAGCUAACUCGACCCUAAGCGAGAGCAUCUCGUCUAUGACGCCGCCCCUGCCCCCGCUGUCUCCGGGAGGGUCGUCGCCAGGAGCCUCACCCCGCGCCACCGUGCGCUACGGCCACUCGCAGAGUUUGGCAAGUCGCAGUUUGCCCUAUGGAACUAAACCGGACUACUCGCUGAUGGAGUUCGGCAGCCGGAAGGGUAUCCACGGCGGCGGCCUGUCGGCGAGCACCAAGCGGGUCGGCGGCCAGGUGUCUGCGUCGGCGCGCGGCUGGAGGCCCGGCAAGCAGCUGGGGCACAAGAAGAAGGAGCAGCUGCAGAUGGCGGCCAAAAACGGCAAGAUCCCCCUGAGUGCGGCGCUGGGCCUUGAGGACGGCGUGGCGCUCGACCUGGACUCUAUGCUGGACGGCGCCACCAACACGGAGGAGAACAACACGAGCGAGGACGACGAGGACAUGAGCACGACGGUGGACGCGUCCGACAACCGGGCGAUCCGGAAGCAGCUGGAGGGCCUCGAGGGCAUGUACUCGGAGGUGCUGAAGCUGCUGGGCGUGCGCAAGCAGCGCGCCCGCUACCAGCCCUCGGACCCGCGCGUCAACAAGCGCCGCCUGUACGGCAGCCUGUCCUCGCUGCCCAGCUCCGUGUCCAGCCGGCCGGUCCGCGACCUCCGCGACCGCCGCCGCCACGACGACCGCAAGAAGGUUCGCGACUUUGAGGGCAUCAACAAAAGGUUUCAGCGCCUCGAGUCGCACGUCGUCACGCUGGCCCGGAGUGUCGCCCACCUGUCGUCGGAGAUGCGGACGCAGCACCUCAUGAUAAGGGAGAUGGAGCACAUCCGGAGCGAGAUGGCCAGCCUGCGCACGCAGACCAACAUGAUCGCGGCGCGCUCGCAGUCGCAGUCCGUGCCCCGGGGGCUGAACCAGCUGCUGGCCGACAAGGACCCCCGCAAGGACCGGCUGCGCGACCCGGCCGCCAUCACCAACCCGUCUCGCGUCAAGAAGCUCACCAAGUUCUUCGGCGAUGAGCCGCCCCUCCUCAGAAUCUUUCUAAAGAAGCUCGGCUACGAGAAAUACGCGGGCGCAUUCGAGCAGGAGCGCGUCGGCAUGGUGGAGCUGCCUUACCUCACGGAGGAGCGCCUGCAGAAGAUGGGCAUCCCGAUGGGACCGCGUCUCAGAAUCCUCCAGGAGGCCCAGAUCUCGGCGUGCAGGGAUACGGUCUACGUCGUUUGAGCAAGCAAGAUUGUGACUCAGGAAAAAUGUUGGUUUUCUUCUGGAAGUGCCGACAUGGCCCUGUUCGACGCUGUAAACAGUCCUUGGUUUUCAAGGAGGUGUCUUGCAUGUCUGUUCAGAACAGGCUGUCCAGCCCAAAGCCCUAAUCUACGCAUGGUCUUCUUAAACCUAUCACACAUAUCAUUUUAUUCAAAAGUUUAUUAUAGUAAUGUUCAUGUAAUUUCCAGACUUAAUCAAAUAAGAAUGUUCAAGAAAGUAGUCUUUAUUUAAUUGCCGUUUAAUUUGUUUUUCUAUUGUUGUUCUAUUUGCCUUCUUGGGUGAACCAAAAAGGUGUAAUAGAAUACAUGUCUUGUCGUUCAGCCAUACCCAGCACUCUCCAAUUUUUGUGCCAAGAACUGCACCUUCUUCCAGAGAGGUAAUAUAAAAUUCUUUGCUCAAUUUUUUUAGCUGAUAAUUUUAAGAGACUUGUUAGAUCUGAAUGUCAAAUUCGAACACGAAUUUUGAGUGCUUUGUGACAGUAUUGUAAGCACCAUUUUGAUUUCCAAAAAGCAAUGGCAGUUAGCCAUGAACAAGUUACCUGAUGUAUUGAAAAUCAAAACUUUGUGUUCUG